CUUGGUACUGUGAUAAUCAUGGCCGAUAACACGCUUUCUCCAUACGCGGCUAAACAACUUCUCCUUGGCCAGCCUGACCCUUUAAACUCUGCCUUUCAUCUUACCUACACUAUGGUUCUCAAUCUUCUGCGUGUUGACGAUAUUGAUCCUGAGACAAUGUUGGAACGCAGCUUUUAUCAAUUUCAAAACAGCCUUAGGCUACCUCAUUUGGAAAAACAGGUUAUAACCUUGGAGAAUGAUCUUGCUGAUUAUGAAUCUUCUCUACCUGCGCUUGAUAUCGAAGAAUCUCAUAUAUCUUCCUAUUUGGAUCUCCUUCGGGGGCAGAAACAAUUAAAUCGAACUAAGAUGUCAUUACUAUCUAGACCUAAAUAUCUUGUUGCAUUCCUUCAACCAGGUCGAAUUGUACAUGUUGCCCACUCUGGAAUCGACUAUGGCUGGGGUAUUAUCCUGCAUGUUAGACGGAACCAGAACCCUGGUUCAAUUCCCAGUCGUUCUAUUAUCUUCAAUGAUGCCGAAUCCAUCCACACAGUUGAUUGUUUGAUUGAAGUUUCACUUUCAUCGGAGCAUGCUUUGAAGUUUAAUCAAGAAAAGCCAGGCUCCCCUAACGCUACGCCUCUUCCAUUGGCUCUAGUUGAACCUGCGUACAAGUCAAAUCUGAUAUUUUCUGAAGACGACUGA